CGUACACUUUUUCAGAUUUUAUAAAUUUUUUCAGAAAUUAUAGAAUUUGAAAUCUUGGAAUUUUUUAUUUAUAUGUAUGAAGAAAAAAUAUAGACUCUUUUAGCUUUUCUGUAAAGUGUUCUAUGAAUAAAAGAAAUUUUUUAUAAAUUAUUUUUUAUACAGUUAUACAGAAAUUGUGAAAAAUUUUAACAUUUAUAUAAACAUUCUAAAUAUUAUAUUAAGAAUUCUCUAGAAAUAUUUGCAUCAAGAAAAAAACUGAAUUUGAAUCUCUUAGUCUUAGAUCCAAAAGUUUUCCUGAGGUAAUUAUGCAAGAUGGUGAAAGCGAGAAAAUACGUGACAGUAAAUCAUUUCGUGAACGAAGCACAGCCGACGGAUUUAAAAUUGUUAGAAGAGGAAUUGCCACCAUUACAGAACGGAGAAUAUCUUGUAAAAGCUGAAUACUUUUCUGUGGAUCCGCAUAUGAGAACGUACAUGCGAAAAUUCCCGCUUGGAAGCACGAUGCUCGGUGGACAGGUCGCCAAGAUCAUAGAAUCUAAGAAUCCGGAGUUUCCGGUCGACAAAAGGAUCGUCGGAAACCUAGGCUGGAGAACUCAUACGAUUGUCAAUCCAAAGAUCCCUGCUGAUGCUACGUUGAUUCAUCAACAGCCGUACAUUUUACCGGACAUAGGUGACUUGCCGCCGUCUCUUGGCCUAGGUGUAUUGGGAAUGCCGGGCAAUACAGCAUAUUUCGGCUUGAUAGAGAUAUGCAAACCAAAGUCUGGCGAAACAAUCGUCAUCAGCGGAGCCGCCGGUGGAGUUGGCUCGCAUGUGGGCCAGAUUGCCAAAAUUCUUGGUCUGACUGUAAUCGGUAUAUGCGGCUCUGACGAGAAGUGCAAGUGGCUUACUGAGGAAAUGGGCUUUGAUUCCGUCAUCAAUUACAAAACCAUGUCGGUUGCAUCUAGUCUACGCAAAGCUGCUCCGCAAGGCGUUGAUUGUUACUUCGAUAAUGUGCGCGUUGAUAAGAUAAUAUUACAUCUUAAUUCAAUUAAAAAUACAUCAUUGCUUUCAAUAAUAAUUCUUAUCUUCUUUGGUCAACUCUCGACAGAAUUUUUUAGCAAAAACGUCAAAAAUAAUCAUUGUUCACUGUCUACGGUUAAAAAGUCCAUUUGUACCUGAUUGAAAACUAUUUUCUCUCUGAUUAGCUAAACUUAAAAUCCACUUUAAUUAACUUUACAGGUCGGUGGAGAUAUCUCUAAUACGGUCAUGUAUCAGAUGAGGCCGUAUGGCCGGGUAGCCGUAUGCGGUUACACCUCGAGCCUCAAUGCGGACGCUUCUUCCUUGCCCAAGUCCACGAUCCUGCAACCGACGAUCUUGAUCAA